CAAAUACUUCAACUUUCAAAUCAAAAUGUCUUCUAAAAAGUUUGUAUUCAUGAGAUUAGAUUUCUGAAUUUAUAAACUUUUAAAACCGCAACAAACGUUUAAAAUGUCUUCAACUGUAGACCAGAAGGCAUACCUGCAAAAGUAUUUAACUGGAACAUCAGGAAUUAAGAAAAAGAAGAAGAAAAAGGUCGUCAAAGGACAAGGGUUUAAGAUAAUAGAUGAUGACCUAGAUUUGACUAAGUUACGAGCCCUGGAAGGUGAUGAAUUAGACAUUCUAGAUGAUGGGGAGGAUGCGCCACAGAUUGCUGGCAUCAUCGACGAGAGACCAGAAGAAAUAAAAAAGAUGGAACAAUUUAAAACUACCUCAAAAUGGAGAGUUGUUAAUCAGGAUGAUGGAUUUAACAGUAAAUUACAAAUAGAAGAAAUUAAGAAAGACGUCAAAGAAAUUGAGAAAGAAAAUGAAUUAAUAUUUGGUAAAAUGUACAGCGAUUCUGAGGAUGAAAAGAAUAAUGACUCCGAUCUUUCACCGCCACGGAAAAAUAAUCAAAACAAUUCGAAAAGACAGAACAGUGAUAGUGAUUUCAGUCCACCGAGAAAAAGAACCACAGAAUCGUCAGAGAAGAGAAAAACAAAUGAUAAAAAUUAUGAUUCAGAUUUUUCACCUCCACGGCGAAAGGAAAGUCAAUUACCAAGAGAAAAACCUAGAAAACAAAGUCGGUGGGAGAAAAUAGAUGAUAGUGACAGUAGAAAUAGAUCACCUAGCACUGACAAUACAAAUAAAAGGCAAAAAACAGACAAACAAACAAAACAUAAACACUCAAAAAGAUCAAGCAGUUCUGAUCAAUCUCCGCCAAGAAAAUCUCAAAAAAACCAUAGAAAUGGGACUGAAAAUUCACAUAAAUCGAGAAAAGAUUCACCUAGAAGAGAUCGAACCCCAGAUUCAGAUUUAUCACCUCCUAGGAAAAGAAAGGAAUCACCUAGAAGAAAUAAUGAAAAACACAAUAAAGAAAGAAACAGUUACAAUAGUGAAGCAAAAGAUAGAUAUCAAAAAGAAAAAGAUAAACGGAAUAAAAGGAAAUAUGACAGUGAUUCAGAUAUAUCACCUCCUAGAAGAAAAAAGGCAGAAGAUAGAGAAAAGAGGAAUUACAAGCGAAAUAGCGAUAGUCCUCCUCCAUCAAAUAAGAAGAUGGCUAAAACUUUAGACGGGAAACAAGCGGGACUUCAAGAUGCUGUGCAAUUGCGACGAGAGAAUGAGAACUUUAAGAAAAGAGAAGAAGAAGCAUUUAGUAAAAUGACAGAUGAAGUUUCCGGAAGAAAUGCCAAAGCAGUUUCUCGGAAAAGCAAAAGAGAGACAUCAGAAGACAGACAGAAACAGAAAGAAAAAGCAGACAGACAAAAAGAAUUGGAUGAAAAAUAUAAAAGAUGGAAUAAAGGAAUAAAACAAGUUGAAGCCCAAGAGGCUAAGAUACAAGAAUAUUUGCAUGAAGCGUCAAAGCCUCUCGCGAGACACAGAGAUGACAGAGAUCUAGAAGAUAACUUGAGAAGAGUAGAGAGAGAGGGAGAUCCGAUGCUGCGUUAUAUCAGAGAGAAGAAAGUAGAAAGAGGGGAGUUGCCACCAGAAAAACCCAAAUACAAGGGCAAUUUCCCACCAAAUCGUUUUAAUAUAAGACCAGGCUAUCGCUGGGACGGAGUAGACAGAUCUAACGGAUAUGAGAAGAAAUACUUUGACCAACAAAGCAAGAGGAAAGCACAACAAGAAGAAGCAUAUAAAUGGAGUACUGAAGAUUUGUAAAUAUUGUAAAGUAUUUUUCUAUUGAAUCAUGAAUUUAGUAUAAAAAAUAAAAUGACCUU